AUGCACAUAGGUCAAGUCUUCCCUGUCAGUUAUCACUCUUCCACGCCGCUCAACCCCAUCUACGAGUCUUCGGAUCAUUUCGAUUAUUCGAUUUCCGACCGGAGCGUCGCAACUUCGCAUGUUUACGAAAGAACACGGAUAUACACGCUCACAGGUAGGAUAAAAUAUUCUAGUUGCAUUCGUGUAGCCGAAAGAGAGACAGUGCAGAAGAAAACCUUCACGAAAUGGGCUAAUGUAUAUUUAAGGCGUGCGGGUUUAGCGGUGAACGACCUCUUCAUUGACUUGCGAGAUGGAAGGCUGCUACUUAAACUUUUGGAGAUACUUUCUGGCGACACGCUUCCAGCUGCCACCCCUGGAAGGAUGAGAAUACAUUGCUUGGAGAACGUUGACAAAUCGCUAUUUUUCCUGAGUGGCUUGAAUGUACACCUUGAAAACGUUGGUGCGCAUGACAUUGUUGAUGGGAACGCGCGUAUUACACUCGGGCUCAUCUGGACCAUCAUCCUUCGUUUCCAGAUCCAGGAUAUAGCAGUUGCUACUGUUGUUGACGGAUUGGGGCGACCUAUUGUUGAUGGGCUGGGACGACCAGUUGGAGAAAGGCGUUAUUCAAAGGAUGCUCUUUUGUUGUGGUGUCAAAUGAAAACCGCUGGAUACAGAAAUGUUGAUGUACAGAAUUUCACAACCUCCUGGCGGGAUGGACUGGCAUUUAAUGCCCUUAUCCACAGGCACCGCCCAGAUUUGGUUCAGUUUGAGAAACUGUCCCCAAGCACUCCACUUCAGAAUCUGGAAUCUGCAUUUUUGGUGGCCGAAAGAAAGCUGGGAAUAGCGAGGCUUUUCGAUCCGGAAGACAUCUAUGUGGAGCAGCCGGACGAAAAGUCGAUAAUCACCUAUGUCGCCACCUACUAUCACUACUUUUCAAAGCUAAAGUCAGAAGCCGUACGCGCACGUCGAGCUGCCAAUUUCGUUGGUUUUCUUCUUCAUGCUCAGGAUGUUGCUGCUUGGUACGAGAAGAGCACAUCUGACCUACUAAAGUGGAUUUUCCAAAAAAUUUCCUGGCUGGAUACGCGUGACUAUCCCCCAUCCGUCAGUGAGCUCCAGCGACUUUUAAUUGAGUUUAAAGAAUACAGGUUGCAAGAGAAGAUUCAAAAGCUGGAGGAGAAGGGUGAUAUUGAAAUGGAUUUAUUCAUGCUACAAGCAAAAAUGCGAUCAGUGCAAAUGCUUGUUUACAAACCACCGGUUGGUGUGCAAGUUGCUCAAGUAAAUCGAGCUUGGAGCAUCUUGGAAAAAUCAGAGCAUGCAAGAGAGCUUUCAUUGCGUGAAGAAGUUAUGCGACAGGAAAGACUAAUGCAUUUGUAUUUAAGAUUCAAACGCAAAGCAGAGCUUCGUGAAUCCUGGAUUUUUGACAACCAAAAACUACUCGAGCAACCCGACCAUGCUGAAGAUCUGCUUAUGCUCGAAGCGGCUCUAAAAAAACAUGAAGCUCUUGAGACAGACGUCUCGGCCUAUAGCGACCGAAUACAGACAGUGCGACAGAUUGCAGAUGAAUUAUUGAGUAACGGUUUUCACGAAGCUGCCGAGGUGACUACAACCCGUGAUCGAAUUGACUCCUUAUGGAAUUGCUUCCUUGAUGGUAUGCGAGAAAGGUUCUUGCGCUUGCAAAAUAAAUUGAAUUUCUUUAAGCGAUUCUCCGAAUACGAUCACUUUAACGCCGUAAUAGCCUCCCUUCAGGAGAAGGUCAAAAGUUCCGAGUAUGGUGACCAUCUGAUUGCUGUUAUUGAUCUGUUGCAGCGUCACGAGUUGAUCGAGACUGAUAUUCGUUCACUCCACCGGAGCCUGGCGCAAGUUUUUAGUUCCACUCAAAACAUUUUACAAAACUCUGGUCUUUUGGGCUCAAACGGCGUGGCUUUAGCUGAGGAAGCUCAAAAACAGAAUACUUCCAUUCGAGAUGCUUAUAUGGAGCUUGUCGCGCAAGCGGAAAAACGACGAAACUUGUUAGAGCUUUCGAAGCUUCGCUGGGAGAUGAUGUUUGAACUGGACGAGCAAGAGUACUUCAUUGAAGAGCGACUUGAAUACUUGAAGCAUCAAAGCAUUAGAAAUGGAUCUAAUGUGGAUUCGCAAUUCAAAAGGCAUAAAAUUACCGAGUUAGAACUUGAGAGCCAUAGGUCCGUACUGAGCUACAUCCUUCAGCGUUCGUCCGAUCUCUGCGAUCAACGAUGUCCCGGUGCUGAUGAACUUUUGUCGAAGAUGUCGAAAGUGAAGACGCUAUGGGAAAAGCUUGUCCAGGCGGCUGCGGACUUUAAACAAAUAUUGAUUUUUGGCAGAGAGUUUGAUUAUUUUAUUUCCAGCUGUGAUGACGCUGAAACCUGGAUAAAGGACAAACACGAAGCUUGUGACGCUCUCCUGAAAAAAGCUGUGAAGAGCGAAAGUCUCGGCAUGACUGAGUCACUUCUGAGACGUCAUCAUGAAGUUAUGCAAACUGUGGAGAAUUUUUCCUCCACAAUCGAACAACUAAGAAUUCAGUGUAUUGAACUGGUUGAUUUCAGUUGCCAAAGUUCAGAAGAUUUUCCAGAGUUCGAUGAGCUGCAAUCUAUCUCGAGAUCAUCGAGUGGUAUAUCGCGACAAACACUAGAGUCCAGACUUGAUCAGGUAACACGGCUGUAUGAGCAACUUCUGCGUGUCAUAAAAGAGACAGAAGGCGAAAUUUGCGACGCCCUUUCACUCCAUCAGUUAUUCAGAUUGGCGGGUACGGUAUACAAUUAUCUUUUGGAUAAAGAAGAAUACCUUCGUGUUUCAAUCUCACGCGACUUUGAGACCGUUGAAACAUCUCAAAUAAUGAGUGAAGCCGACCGCUUGCAGAGGCUGGACGUAACAAAGCGCCGCUUCACAAAUUUGGAGGUGCAACUCGGAGAAAUCGCAGAGAAGGUUGCUCAUAUUAAUCAAGUGGCCAACGAUUUCCUGGAGGGUCCGAAAGGUGGCGAGUUUUCGUUGAGGGACGGUGUGAAUAAUGUGAAUCGGAUCCUAAACAUGCAGAAUCAUUUGAAUGCUAGAUGGAACCGACUGGCAGACGCGAUGGACGAAGCUCGAGACCGACUCAACCAAGACUCUCUGCAAUCGGAUCUUGUUGCCGAAUGUCAGUUCACGUUAGAUUGGAUCACCGACAAAGAGCACCAGUUGUCAGAAUUUGCUGCGUUGAGCCCACAGAAUGGGGAAGAAAUGUUGUAUGUUCAGAGCCUUUUAAGGAAUCUGCAGAAUGACAUGACGGCGAUCGAAGCACGCAUCGAGGAUAUCGAUUCGCGUAUACAAAAGUUGAUGCAUCGGAAACAUCGUACUGACUCCGUUGGUACAAGUGACUCCGAAACGCGUUCCCAAUACCAAUCGAUGACUGCCCUUCUCACUCAAUAUUCCCAAGUGACACAACGAUGGAUAAAUCUGAAAGCUUCGGUCAAAUCAAAAUUAGAUGAGCUUGCCGCAGAUGGUCGCUCGCCAGAUUUCCUGGAACGAUUAGAUAAGUUUCAAGCCUGGUUGGACGAAUUGAAGAUACAUUUAUUGUGUGGGGAAUUCCCUAAUGACCUUCAGGACACAGAACGUGGCUUGUUAGCACAAGAAAGAUACCUGCGCGAAGUGGAUGAUAAUGAAUUAGAGCUUAAGGAUCUUUUACGAACCGGAUACAAACUGGCCAGGGAACAAUACGAUCCAUCUCACUUGCAGUUGGAGCAACGACUGGCUGAUAUGGAGGACGAAUGGAAGGCAGUCAAGGAGGCUCUUUUGGAACGAGGAGUGCUGUUACGCAAGCGGUAUUCUCAACAGUAUUUUUUCGGGGAAGCCUCACUUUUGGAUGUCAUCCUCAAUCAACAAAUGGCCUUUCUUUCAAAACUAGAGAUCCCAACCACCCUUGAUGCUGUUCAUGACGUCCAGAGACAACACGAAGCAUUUUGUUCUUCAAUGAGCACCUGUGGACGACGAAUCGAAAAUGUACUCGAAUUCGGAAGAAAAGUUGCUCAGGAAGAUUCUGCGAAUCGUGAUCGGAUACUAUCCGAGUGUAACUCAAUUGAAAACAAGCUUGAGGCAAAUAGAAACAAAGCUGAUGAGUUAACGCUGGAACUGGAGAAAACUUCCAAACUGUACGAAUUUUACUACGAAGCUGAGGACUUGGAAGACUGGAUCAGAGAUAAAAAAGAAGAAAUACAGUUGUUGCAAAAAAGAAUACCCAAACUGACCUACGAACGGAUAGGCUCGUUGGAGCAAGAUAUUGAAGCGAAUCGGGACCGUGGGGACAAGGUUAUUACG